GGCUGGGGGGCGCGGGCGACACGGACGAGGAGGGGGCAGCCGCGGGCGGCGGGGACGGCGCGGCGGCGGGGGGCGCAGACGGCGGGGCGGCGGCUGAGCCUGCGCCCCCCGACGGGCCCGAGGUCGGCGCGCCCCUGACCGUGGCGUCCGCGGUGGCCGUGGUCCCUAGCCCGUUGUCGCUGCUGGACCCCGACGUGAGCCCCCCGCCACCGCAGCCCCGGCCGUCGCCACCCGACGUGUUCGCGGGCUUCGCGCCCCACCCCGCGGCCCUGGGCCCCCCGACGCUGCUGGCAGAGCAGAUGAGCGUGAUCGGUAGCCGCAAGAAGAGCGUGAACAUGACCGAGUGCGUGCCCGUGCCCAGCUCGGAGCAUGUCGCCGAGAUCGUGGGUCGCCAGGGCUGCAAGAUCAAGGCUCUGCGAGCCAAGACGAACACGUACAUCAAGACGCCCGUGCGCGGGGAGGAGCCGGUGUUCAUCGUCACUGGCCGCAAGGAGGACGUGGAGAUGGCCAAGCGCGAGAUCCUGUCGGCCGCCGAGCACUUCUCCAUGAUCCGCGCCACGCGCAGCAAGGCCGGGGGGCUGCCCGGCGCCGCGCAGGGCCCGCCCAACCUGCCGGGACAGACCACCAUCCAGGUGCGCGUGCCCUACCGCGUGGUGGGGCUGGUGGUGGGGCCCAAGGGCGCCACUAUCAAGCGCAUCCAGCAGCGGACGCACACGUACAUCGUGACGCCCGGGCGCGACAAGGAGCCGGUGUUCGCGGUGACGGGCAUGCCCGAGAACGUGGACCGCGCACGGGAGGAGAUCGAGGCGCACAUCACGCUGCGCACCGGCGCCUUCACCGACGCCGGCCCCGACAGCGACUUCCACGCCAACGGCACCGACGUCUGCCUGGACCUGCUGGGCGCGGCCACCAGCCUCUGGGCCAAGGCCCCCAACGCAGGGCGGCGGCCCCCCACGGCCACGGCCGGCCUCCGCGGGGACAGUGCCCUCGGUGCCCCCAGCGCCCCCGAGGCCUUCUAUGCGGGCAGCCGCGGGGGGCCGCCAGUGCAGGACACAGGCCCUGCCAGCCCCUAUGGUGGCGCUGGCAAUGGGGGCUUCACCUUCGGUGGGGACAGCCCCGGUGCCCCCACGGGGACGGCCGCCCCCGAGGACUGCGACUUCAGUUUUGAUUUCCUGGCGCUGGACCUGACCGUGCCCGCCGCGGCCACCAUCUGGGCCCCGUUUGAGCGGGCCGCGCCCCUGCCCGCCUUCAGUGGCUGCUCCGCGGUCAACGGGGCCCCGGCGCCACCGGCCGCCAGCGCCCGGCGCAGCAGCGGGACCGGGACCCCGCGCCACUCGCCCACGCUGCCCGAGCCCGGCGGUCUGGGCCUGGAGCUCCCGCUGGCCCGCCGCGGCGCCCCUGACCCUGUGGGCGCGCUGCCCUGGCGGUCCCCUCAGGGCUCCCUGCCCUUCCCGGGCGGCGCCGCCUUCUCCGCGGCCACUUCGCUGCCCAGCAGCGCCCCGGCGGCCUCCUGCUCCCCGCUGGACUCCGGCGCCUCCGAGAGCAACCGCAAGCCCUCGACGGCCACCGUGGCCCCGGGGCCCCCAGCGGCGGUGGCCUCCCCGGCCCUGGCGCGGGAGUGCGUGGUGUGCGCUGAGGGCGAGGUGAUGGCCGCGCUGGUGCCCUGCGGCCACAACCUCUUCUGCAUGGACUGCGCCGUCCGCAUCUGCGGCAAGAGCGAGCCCGAGUGCCCCGCCUGCCGCACGCCGGCCACCCAGGCCAUUCAUAUCUUUUCCUAGUGUGGGCCCCGACGUGGCCCCCGGCCGGCGCCAC